UCAUUUUUCUCUCAGAUCUCUUAACUUCCAUACAGUGUGGGGGAUUCUCUGCACAGGAUAGAAUCUGUGGCAUAGUAGAAAGGUAGGAGAAUGUUGGGUAUUUCUUACAAAACUUCUGAAUGUCCCUUUUGUUCUCAGAUGCCAGUGGAUGGCCUGGCCUGCUGAGUUCUUGAUCGUGUAAUGGAAUGAAAUCAUAUUCAGUUUCCACUGGUCAUGAUAGAAAUAACAGUAUUAACAAUGUCUACUGUAUACUUGACAUUGCUACGGUUUUUCAUGGUUUCAGGCAAUCCCUGGACAGGAGCAAAAUGCAGACAGACUUUUUGCCAAACCAUAAUAUGUAUCAUCUGGAGUCCAGAAUCCCAGGGUAGUCCUUCCCAGCAGAAACCUCGUGAGCUUGGUCCUUACACUCAGGAUAUGUCAGCCUCUGGUCGUUGGAGCUUUGACCAGAAUCUCUCAUACAGGACAGCCUAAGGCAUUCCAGUGCUUACUCUUUCAGGCAGCAUCUCCAAACUCUUUCAGUGUGGAGAUUCUCCCACAAGCCAUUCCCAAAGGCUCUUGAAUCAUAUGGUCAGAUACAAUCACCCUAACAACCCACUUCCUUGGUACCAAAUUCUGUUUUUGUUGCUGGAACAAAAUACUCAACACCCAAAAAUAAGGAAGGAAAGGCUUAUUAGCUCACAGUUUGUAAAAGUUUCAGUCUAUAAUCAGCUGUCUCUAAAGUAGGGUGGCAUGACAGUCUGGCCACACUUCAAGGUGGCAGAAGGCAGCAAAAGCAGCAAGAGCAAAAGUAAGGGGAAGCAAGUCUCUUCCUCUCUUUAUUUGUAAGCAGCCCCCCACCUCGAGGUGAGCAUAGCAUCCUCAGCCUCUUGGACAGGCUGAGGAUGUUUCUAAAGUAAGGACCUUGGCUCCCUGCUGAGUCCCUUAGUUAAACUUCUAAACUUUUCAAGUUGACACAGUGUGUCAACCAUUACAACAUUGUGGUAUCUUGGAAAUUGGUAUGUAUGUAAGAAGCUUCUGUCUUUUAUUGUGUGAGUAUGCCAUCAUUUAAUCAGUUUCUGUUAAAGGACGUUAGCCUAGAUAUUUGGUAUCAGCUGGCUACAGAUACUUCCUUAAUUUCUUGCUCUAUCUCAAAAUGACUGGUCACUUAGAACUACGCAGCAGGUAAUGGGAAAUGAGUGACUAAUUAGAAGCUGUGAUUAUAAGCUGUAAAUUGACCAAAAUUUUGAAGUGUGGUAGCAUUUGGGAGAUGUUCUGCAAAAUUAGAACCAUUUUCCUGUAUUCAUCUUGUUUUCGUCUUUAUUACUAUGCAUUGCCCAAGAAUGACUUUAUUUUUGCCUAUAAAUGGUACUGUUUUCUGAAUAUAAAUAUUAGGUAUAUGGCCUAAUCAUCUUUUGUAGUCUUUUUUUUUUUUUUUUUUUUUUUUAGUAGUAGGGAACUGACUUAGCGUCUUUCCACCAAAAUACAUCCCAAUCCCAACCCCCUUUUGUGAUACUGUCUCAUUAAAUCACUCAAUUUCUAUUACUGGGCUCAAACUUGAGAUCCUUCUGCUUCAGCCUCCAAGAAUGCUGGGAUUACAGGUAGGUACUUCCAUGCCUUGCUUCUUACAGUCUUUUUUAAACUUUAAAGGUUAUAACAUAAAAUUCUAAAUCUCCAAACCUCAGAAGCAACUAUGAUAUACUUUCUUCUAACUGUUUAAAAUACCAUUCUACCUCCUUUGCCAUUUGGGUUAUUUUUAUACAAAUGAGACCUUUUGUAUAAUGUGGAUAGUAAUGCUUUCCAUAAAUUGCCUAUAUUAUGACAUUUUUCUUUUAAAUUUGUUUAUCAUGUCUGCUACAAAUGAGUUUUGUGGAGUUAUAUUUAUUUUCCUUUGGCUAAGGAGUCCUAGCUAUGAAGGCUUUGUACACUCCAAGAUUAUAUAUAUUUUCUUUGUUCUCUAUUACUCUUAUAAUUUUUAAUUUAUACCCUUGGGCUGUCUGUAAUUUCUUGUAUGUACUUUGAAUCGGAGAUCUCACUUCAGUUGCUGCGGAACUCAGGACCAGACCAGAUGGAAGACAUGGCACCAAGGAACUUUGGAAUGCAGACAGUUUUAUUACACUAGCAGGCUGAUGGUUGGUAUCUGAACUACGUAAAGGGAGGCUGCAAAAUUUAAGUAGAAAUUUUCAGGAGUUAGUGACAUUCAAGGAUGUGUCUGUGGAUUUCACUUGGGAGGAGUGGAUGCAGCUAGAUCCUGCUCAGAGAAACCUGUAUGGCAAAGUUAUGCUGGAGAACUACAGGAAUCUGGUCUCACUGGCAGGGCACCAGCUUUCCAAACCAAAUGUGAUAUCCCAGCUGGAGCAAGAAGAACUAAGCCUAAGGAACAAAGAACUCCCAGGGUGCUUCUCUCCAGACCUAGAGACAAGACUUGAACAAAAUGAGUUAUCUCCAAAGCCCAACAUUACUGAAGAUUAUGGAUCCAUAAUGGAAAGGAAAGGUAUCUUGCAUUCAGCCUUAGCAGAAGCCUGGAAACCUGAUAAUUGCUUAGAGGAACAACAGGAAAGACAUCUGGGCCAAGUAACCCAUAAAGAAACCUUCACUAAGAAGAGGGUAUGUAGAGAAAAUGACCUUGAAAGAUGUUCCAAUCAGGAUUCAGUCAUUAAUAAACAGCAAGGGAUUCCUAUGUCAAAAUCUCCCCACAAAAGGAAUUCACUUGGAAAAAAUAACAAACAAAACUCUGAGUUAACAAAAACUCAAAAAAAGUUUGUAAGAAGGAAAAUCUAUGAAUGUAAUGAAUGUGGGAAAACCUUCAACCAGAGCUCCUCCCUUCUUAAACACCAGAGGAUUCAUACUGGGGAGAAACCCUAUAAGUGCAAUGUCUGUGGUAAGCACUUUAUUGAACGUUCCUCCCUUACUGUACAUCAAAGAAUUCAUACUGGAGAGAAACCCUACAAAUGCAAUGAAUGUGGGAAAGCCUUCAGUCAGAGCAUGAACCUUACUGUCCAUCAAAGAACUCACACUGGGGAGAAACCAUAUGAGUGCAAAGAGUGUGGGAAAGCCUUCCGUAAGAAUUCCUCCCUUAUUCAACAUGAAAGGAUUCAUACUGGAGAGAAACCCUAUAAAUGUAAUGAAUGUGGGAAAGCUUUUACACAAAGCAUGAAUCUUACUGUGCAUCAGAGAACUCAUACAGGAGAGAAACCCUAUGAAUGUAAUGAAUGCGGAAAAGCCUUCAGUCAAAGCAUGCAUCUUAUUGUGCAUCAGAGAAGUCAUACUGGAGAAAAACCUUAUGAAUGCAGUGAAUGUGGAAAGGCCUUUAGCAAAAGUUCAACCCUUACCCUACAUCAGCGAAAUCACACUGGAGAAAAACCAUAUAAAUGUAAUAAAUGUGGAAAGUGCUUUAGCCAGAGUACAUACCUUAUAGAACAUCAAAGACUUCACUCUGGAGUAAAACCGUUUGAAUGUAAUCAAUGUGGAAAAGCUUUCAGUAAGAACUCAUCUCUUACUCAACAUCGGAGAAUUCACACUGGAGAGAAACCUUAUGAGUGUAUGAUAUGUGGAAAACAUUUCACUGGACGAUCAUCUCUGACUGUUCAUCAGGUUGUUCACACUGGAGAGAAGCCUUAUGAAUGCACUGAAUGUGGGAAGGCAUUCAGCCAGAGCGCCUACCUUAUUGAGCAUCAAAGAAUUCAUACUGGUGAGAAACCCUAUGAAUGUGAUCAGUGUGGGAAAGCUUUCAUUAAGAAUUCAUCUCUUAUAGUGCAUCAGAGAACUCAUACAGGAGAGAGACCCUAUCAGUGUAAUGAAUGUGGAAAAGCCUUCAGUCGGAGUACAAACCUUACAAGACAUCAAAGAACUCAUAUGUGAGGAAAGCAUUCAUGAGCUCCUACAUCAUGAUUAACUCUUAAGUAAUUGUCACAUAAGUCAUGCUGAUGUAGGUGCUUAAUAAAUAUAACUCUUGUGGAAAUCUUUUCAUUGAAAUACAUACCAUGGCAGAGAAACCUUAUAAGAGUGGAGAGAUUUUGAUUCAGAAGAAAAAAAGUUACUUUAUGUCAGGUUUGAGAAUUAGUAUGUAGACAAAGAAAAUAAGUUCUGUUGUGUCAUACUGCAGAUUUUCCUCUGGACAUCAGGUACUUCAUAGUGAAAAGAAAAAAAUCACAGAACAUGGAUCGUUAGCCCAAAGACCUGGUAGGUUGUCUUGACUGCCACUAAUUUGGAAAAAGUCUCUGGGUCAUGGUUUCAUUAUCUGGUAAUUGAGAGAUUUUUGGAUUUUGAAAACCUGCAGGACUCCUAUUUGCUAAAAAUACUACAAACAUUGAUAUUGGGAAUUUACUGGUAUUUUACUCUCUUAUGUGUUUUCUAGAUGCUUCUUUUUUAAUUUGUUUUACUUAGAUGUUUGUAGUCAAAAUUAUCUACCUCUACCAACAGCUAUUAUCUACCAUGUUUCUUCCCUUCUUCCUUCCUACCCUAAAAUAUUAGCUGGUUUCUACCAGGUAAUAGAAUAAUUGUACAAAUCUUAAUGCACUGGCAUGCUGUUUUGAGUUCUAAUCAAUAGUAAACUGUUGUUAAAUUAGCUGUUCGGAAGACUAAAUAUAGUCUAUAUGUACAGCAUAGAUUCAGAAUACGUAUCUGUGUGUUGUACUUGACUAAGUAAAAAAGAGAAGAGCAAGUGGGAUCGAACACUAAGAAGCACGGAUAUCUGCCAUAUUGGCAAAACCUUUGCAACUCAGAAUAUAUUCAAAACAAUCAUAGGGAUAUUUUAGACAUCUUCAUAGUAUUAGUAGUUUACUUUCAUUUAUUCUACUCAUGUUUAACAAAUAUUAAAGAUAUGAUUAGAAAAUCAGAA